AUGGAGCGGUACGAAAAGCUGGGCAAGAUCGGGGAGGGCUCCUACGGCGUCGUCUUCAAGUGCCGCAACAAGGACACCGGCCAGAUCGUGGCCAUUAAGAAGUUCCUGGAGUCCGAGGAGGACCCGGUGAUCAGGAAGAUCGCCCUGCGGGAGAUCCGCAUGCUGAAGCAACUGAAACACCCCAACCUGGUGAACCUGCUGGAAGUGUUCAGGAGGAAGCGGAGGCUGCAUCUGGUCUUCGAAUACUGCGACCACACAGUUCUCCAUGAGCUGGACAAGCACCCCCAGGGGGUGCCGGAGCAUCUGGUGAAGAGCAUAACCUGGCAGACCCUCCAAGCUGUGAACUUCUGCCAUAAACACAAUUGCAUCCACCGAGAUGUAAAGCCAGAAAACAUCCUGAUAACAAAGCACUCCGUCAUCAAACUUUGUGACUUUGGAUUUGCUCGCAUACUGACUGGUCCGAGUGAUUAUUACACAGACUAUGUGGCUACCAGGUGGUACCGCUCUCCGGAGUUACUUGUGGGAGACACGCAGUACGGCCCUCCCGUGGACGUGUGGGCGAUAGGCUGUGUCUUUGCGGAGCUGCUAUCCGGGGUUCCCCUGUGGCCUGGCAAGUCUGAUGUCGACCAGCUGUACCUCAUCCGGAGAACCCUGGGGGAUCUUAUUCCCAGGCACCAGCAAGUGUUCAGCACCAACCAGUUCUUCAGCGGGGUAAGAAUUCCAGACCCAGAGAGCAUGGAGCCGUUAGAAAUGAAAUUCCCUAAUAUUUCAUACUCUGCUUUAGCUCUCAUGAAGGGUUGCCUUCGUAUGGACCCUGCGGAGAGGCAGACAUGUGAGCAGCUGCUGCAGCAUCCCUAUUUUGACAGCAUUAGAGAGGCAGCGGAUCUGGGGAAAGAACAUGACAAAACGGCUCGGAAACCAGCCAGGCUGACUCGGAAGCACGUGCCAGGGUUACAGCACCUGCCUCAGUUAACCAGUAGUAACGUUCUGCCAGCUUUGGACAGCAAGAAGCACUGCUGCAAAACAAGGAAAUCAAACUACCAUUUCCCUAACAUCUAACCGGAUGGCAGAUUAAAAACUAUUUCUUGUUCAAAGUUCAAGUCAUUCAGAAUUUAGAAAAGGAGGAUACGUGGUGGAAAACUAAAUUAAUACAUGUUGUGACAUAUACAAAAGUGGUCUGUAAACUAAUGUACUGUGGGUCACUAAUGGAAGGAAAGUGACGCACAGAGAGAACUCCAAGCUGACGUUAGUCACUGUUCUGUGUGCAAAGGAAAAUACAUUUGUUUUGCUUUAAUUCGUGAUUGUAUACUGGUUUGUGAUUGUAUACUGGUUCAGGAUUACUGCAACCCCGCAUUUACAGUGUGAAUUUAAAAACUCUUGCCUGUAUUUCAGACUUGGCAGAAGAACUGCAACCUUGCCAAAUAAAUCAGAGUCCCACUGUGUCAAAACAGCGAUGCUGCUUUAGACUGGGGCUAAGUCACUGAUCUCGCAAGGAACUGUGAACGUAUUGCCGAUGCGAGUAGAAGACAGAUGUAUGUGUUUGUGGAGCCAAGCUGGAUGAGAGGCUACCUGGCUGCUCCAGUUAGUUACAAACCUGCUGAAAUAGCACUGCUUUAAAGAUCUGUCUGUCUUACGUACUGCAUUUAUAGAUCACAAAGUAUUAAAAGUACUGGUAACGGCUUAGGCUUCAUGGAAGGCUCAACAGGCACUGUUACCAGGAGGAGAACAUACAAACAAUAAAACCUGUUGUUUCUUUAGUCCUUUCAGAGUUUCUCCUGCCUGUUUCUUCCUUGCAUUAUGAGGUUGUUUUUAUUUGCCAUUUCUGUCAAUAGUGAAGUCACUUGCCUGUAGCGUUACAGACACUGUUUUUAUAAAAAAUAAUUCAUUAAUAUAAUUUAUAACAUUGGCCAGACACAGGCAGGAAUUCUACCUAAGCAUAUGUAUUAGCAUGAUUCUUGGGUUUUGUGUAAUCUCAGGAUGUAAUACUGUGUUGAUUCUGAAUAAAAGAAAUGUAGCUCGUUUUUCC